UAAACUGGGAGCUUCUCUAUCAUCACCGACAGAGAUCAUGUUUGUGUCUUUCCCCACUUUGCCACUCUUUCCCCGUCAGAUCUCCGACCGGCUAAACAGACCAUUCUGACGCCACAAUGCUCCCGUCUCAAAAUAUUUACUGAGGCUCGGUAAUGAAUUUCUGGGUUUGGAGAGAUGAGAAGAGGUGUGAUCGGCGCGGUUCUCAGGUAUCUUGGUCAAAGUGAGCAUGAUACUCCUCGCCUUGUUCGUAGAGGAAGAAGAUUCAGUCGCAUUUCUAUACUCCAAUUCUCGCUCUGGGUUUUUGUCUUUGCAGCGAUCUUUCUGCUCUACUUCCUCUUCUUUGGCCUCGUUAUGUUAUCUCCAGCUAAGAUUGAACAAACUUCUGAUAGCUCAGUAAAGCAUGAAACUUUGCCGUCUGUUGGUGUGAAUGUUUCAGUGAAGAAAGAAUCUCCGCCGCGAGAUGGUGGAAGCAAGCAUCGUAAGAAAUAUUUUCCUUGCGAGAUUGGGUUAAAGGAAUCAGUAGAUUAUUUUAAGGAACCUAGGGAAGUUAUGAACUUCACGCAGUUUUCGCUAGAUUACAUAGAGCAAGAGGAAAGGCUUUCUACUAAUGGUAUAUAUGCACCUAGUUUUGGAGGGCAUCCGACCCUUGAUGAAAGAGAGCGGUCCUUUUAUGCCGUAAAUCAGACUCUUCAUUGCGGAUUUGUCAGAGGGCCUUCAGGGUCCUCGACCAGUGGAUUUGAUAUUGAUAUGAAGGACAGGGCAUAUAUGAAUGAUUGUAAGGUUGCAGUAUCUUCUUGCAUUUUUGGGAGCUCUGAUUUUCUAAGAAGGCCUGCAAGAAAAAAGAUCAGUGACUACUCCAAGAAAAAUGUUUGUUUUGUAAUGUUUAUGGAUGAAGAAACCCUGACAAAAAUAUCAUCAGAGGGGCAUGUUCCUGAUGACACAGGAUAUAUUGGCUUGUGGAGGAUUGUUAUAGUGAAGAACCUACCAUAUGCAGAUAUGCGCAGAACUGGAAAGGUGCCUAAACUUCUGUCACAUCGCCUUUUCCCCUCAUCAUGGUAUUCCAUUUGGGUUGACAGCAAGUUACGACUAAAUACUGACCCAAUGCAGAUUAUUGAACACUUUUUAUGGCAAGCAAAAUCAGAAUUUGCCAUUUCCAAUCACUAUGAUCGGCAUUGUGUUUGGGAGGAAGUGCUCCAAAAUAAGCGUCUCAAUAAGUAUAAUCACAUAAAAAUUGAUGAGCAGUUCAAAUUCUACCAGUCUGAUGGCCUCAUCAAGUUUGACCCUACAGACCCAAAUACUCCUCUUCCAAGUUAUGUUCCAGAAGGUUCAUUUAUUGUCCGUGCACAUACACCUAUGUCGAAUUUAUUUUCAUGCCUUUGGUUUAAUGAAGUUGACCGUUUUACCUCCCGUGAUCAGCUAAGCUUUGCAUAUACUUUCUUAAAAUUGAGGAGAAUGAACCCAGAUAGACCAUUCUACCUAAAUAUGUUCAAGGAUUGUGAGCGCAGAGCACUAACAAAGCUAUUCCGGCAUAGGGCAGAGCUUUCUACUCCACCUGUUGAUUGAAAGUUAUGAGCAAGAGUGGUUACUUUAAUUAUCCCUCAAAAUCACAACACAUUGGUGGUUUCCAAUUUUGUAGUGGCUGAAAAUGCAUAUAUCUUUGAGGCUUAGUUUCCUCUAGGAAUUCUCUUUCAAACCCAACUUUCUAAUUUUCAUGAAAGAAGGGUUAGAAACUAACAAAUUAUAGAUUUGGUUCGU